AACGCCAGCGAACAUGGCGUGAAUGAGCCAAGCUUUAUUUGCUAGAAGUAGGAACAGAAAGGGUUUUAAAUCAGAUCCCAAAACUGGAUGUUCAAGAACCAAAUGAAGGGCAGAUUUUCAAUCCCGGGAUCAUUCUGAUUCCAAAAAGCCACCACCCCACUUCAAACGUACCCGAUUGGUACAUUACAAUUACAUUACAAUGAUAACAAUAUAACUUAUAGAGAGAGAAGAAUCAAAAUCUAUCAGACCCAGACUGGUGGAGUGUGGCUGUGAUACACGUCGAAAAACACAAACGCAUUGAAGCUAACACAAAGUUCAACGGCGAUUAUAUUUGCAGCAGUAUCGACUUCAUCCACGGCAUUGUCAUCAUCGUCAGAUCAGUAUCAUCUUCAUCGCCGUCGCCCUCGUCGUCUCCAUCGCCCUCGUCGACAUUAUCACCAUUUCCAAAGAAACAAUAAUUAGUGUUACAGUUAAACAGCGGACAAAAUGAUCGACGUCGAUUCUCUCCUGAUGAGUUUGAAACCAAAAGGUUUCUUCCAGGUCACCCAAUAUCUGGUCACUGACGUUUCCAUGAUUCCUUUUGCUAUUGCAUUGCUGAAGAUUGUAUUUAUCGGUUCAAUCCCCACUUCCAGAUGUGCUAAUUUGAACAGAUCUCAAUUGUACGACUACGGCUACGAGAACAACUAUACACACGACGUAGUGUACGAAAAAUGUCGUAUAAGAAUAAUCAGUCGGAACAGUAAGAGUUCGAACCGCACGUUAGCAUGUAUUAACGGAUAUACUUACGAUGAAGGAAAACAUCAAUCUUUUGUGUCGGAGUGGGACCUCGUAUGCGACAAAUCCGCACUAUCUGAGCUCACUCAAACAUUUUACUCAGUUGGUGGCUUGGUUGGAGCGCUGACUCUGCCUCACUUUUCUGAUACAAAAGGAAGGAAGCCAGUAUUAGUCAUCAACAAUAUAUUACUUCUUAUCUUGUCGAUGUCUUCGAGCUUUUCUCCGAAUUACUAUGUCUUCGUAGUUUUUCGUGUGCUGGAAGGAAUCUGUGUGCAGGGCCUUGCUGUAGCAACUUACGCUCUUAUGUUGGAGCUUUUUCCAGUUUCGAGUCGUACGCUGAUGAGUGGUUUGACUGGUGUCACCUGGGCCAUGUGCGUCUUGCCCAUUGCGCCAGUUGCUUAUCUGUUUCGUAACUACAGUUGGAGAAUCCUUAAUGUCGUCUAUUCCAGCUGCCACUUCAUGGCAUUCUUCCAGUUGUGGUACCUUGAAGAAUCUUUGCGCUGGUUGGUCACCAAUGGAGAUGUUGAAAGAUCCAAGAAGGUAAUCAAACGAGCUGCCAAAGAAAAUGGCGUUGAUUUCGACCUGGUUUGGGAAAAGUUGGAAACUAUUUUGAUUCCGUUAGCCACAAUCAAGAACAAAAACAGUAGAAGAUCCAGAGAAAAACUGAAACACCAACAAGAAGUCAGAGAAGAAGGAUUCCUCACAAUAUUUACGAAUUCAUUGGCGCGCAAAAUGACGCUUGUUCUGCUCGUAAUCUCGUUCAUGAACGCUGUGACCUACACUGCCGUAUAUAUGAUAUCUCCCAGUUUGGCAGGUAAUCGAUUUUUGAACUUUUUCUUGUUUUCCCUAACAGAAAUUUGUGCCAAUAUAACCAUGGCCAUGACAAUUUACAGAGUGACAAGAAGAGUUGCGAUAGCUUUUUUCCUAGGAACCGCUGGUUUCGCCUUAUUUUUAGCUGUAGCUGUAUUGUAUUUUGGAGAUGGGUCGAGUGUCUAUUCAAUCUUGAACAUCAUAUUCAGUCUGAUGGGAAUGUUUGGUAUCAGUGGUUCAUUUUGUCUUAUGUGGAUAUAUACAACAGAAGUCUACCCAACUAACCUGAGGAAUAUCGGACUUGGUUUCUUAACAUUAUCGGCAAAUUUUGGAACUAUGCUGUCGCCCUAUUCUCGCAUUCUUAUGGGUAUCAUGCCAUGGGUACCUGAAACGGUGUGUAGCAUUGGUUGUACUCUGAGCGUUUUUCUCUUGUACUUCAUGCCGGAAACUAAAAGAAUGCAAAUGCCAUCAUCAAUGUCGGAUAUAAAAAAACAAAUGAAUUUACAGAAACUCCUCAAAUUGGGAGCCUUGGGAAAAGAAACCGGUUCAAGUGACCAAGAAGGGACUACUUCUUCAGAAUUGACGAAGACAGACACAUAACUCAACUAUGGAAUACAUUAUUGUUAUUAUUAAUAUUAUUACUA